UUCAGUAAAUUCUUUCACUACCAUCACCUCUCCAUGGAACCCCAUAAGCGUGAAGAAAAUCCGUCACCCUUUCUAGCAGGGUUAAGCCUUGUGAUCAUGUUCUCUUGCGCACCCUCUUUCAUGUGACCUUUCCUCAUCUAUAUAUCCAUUAGUCCACAGUCCACACUUUUGCGUGUGACUUGCUUCAAUACCACCUUCCUUCUUGUCCAGCCCUUUAUAUAUCCAUCCACCUCUACCUCUUUCCAUCACUCUAGAUUCACAUUUUCUUCCACUUAACAAGCUCGUCCAAGUGAAGAAAAUAGGAGAGAAGUUCAAAACCAUGAAGGGUUUUGUUCGCAUUGCAGCUAUUCUUACUCUUCUUCUUAUCCCAGCAGUCAUAUCAGCCAGGCACAUUGGCCGGCAACACUCACGUCUUGGACAUCACCAUCCAACAAGGCCUAGCACAAGAGACACAAUGGCUAGACCUGAUUUCUACCGGGAGAGAAGAUCAACAAAGCAUAAGAGACCAGACACCCUCCAAAUUGCAGGGUCGAGCUUACCAGAUUGCUCGCAUGGUUGCGGGUCAUGUUCGCCAUGUCGACUGGUCAUGGUGAGCUUUGUUUGUGCUUCACUGGAAGAGGCCGAGACAUGCCCAAUCGCUUACAAAUGCAUGUGUAAUAACAAGUCUUAUCCUGUUCCAUGAUCUGAAAUUCAUGUGCCAUUUGAAUUCAUUGUAACAUAGAAGUACUCCCUAAUCUUUAUUUAUUUUUUUUUUUAUUUUUUUUUUUUUCUUUUUCCCCAUUAAGAUUCUCUUUGUACUCUAGAGACAAGCCAGCCUUUGGCUCUAUUUAAUCAAAGAGUUUCUUAUUUUUCUUCUUA